UAUAAAAGCUAAAGGAAGCGUAGUGCCCAAGUAGGAGACAGAGAGUAUUAAUAGAUUUUGGUAGAAGUAAGUAGCAACAGAAGUCGAAAUCGAAAUCAAAAUCAAAAUCAAGAAUGGGAUGGGUGUGGAGAGACGAUGAUGAGAAGGAAGAGUUCAGUUCGUCUUCAAUCGGAGGUGAUAUUAGCGAAUACAAGAACAAAAACAAUAACCCUAAUUAUUCUUCUCCCUCUGAUAAAGUAUGCUCUACAAGGAAAGUAGUGAAGUCGCAGUGCAAAACGGAAGAGGUGGAGCCUGGAAAGUUUGUUAGGAAGUGCGAGAAAAGCGAAGAGAUUCUUAGAGAAUGCCUUGGAGAACCUGUUGAAGUCCUGAAGUCCAACAAGGAGUAUACUGAAGAUGAUGUCACAGACCUGGUGGCUAAAGGGUCUUCCACAUUAGGCAAGUUUGAUAACUCUCCAUUUGACUUCCCUGGGCUUCGAAGUGAUAUCGAAGGCCUCGAACGCCAUUUCCUUGGGGGCAUCGGCCGCCUCUUUGAAGCAGCUGAACAGAUGAGGAGUAGCAUUUUUUAUACUUUUGGGGAGUUAUACAAGGAGAAUUCAUCUCCUUCACCAUCGCGAGGAAUUCCAAUCGAAGACUAUUCUCGUAGAGAAGCGUCACCUAAGGCUAGGGAGACUGAAUCGGGAAAUGUUGAUCUUUCUGGUUUGGCCAAGGACGUCUGAAGCAAGUUGUUGGGAAACUGCCUAAGUUGACAUUUGCUCUGCUGUCCGUUUAAGUGAAUAGUGAAAUAUACAGUGGUGAGCAAUUUUAUACGUUAGAUUAUUCCUAUGGUAAUUUGAAUGCUGGACCAUGAACUUGAUUGUAAGUCUUUUGCUGCUAGAUUGUGCGUUUAUUAUGCUCCAAGAUUUGAAUGCAAGAUUAUGUUGUUGUUCCA